CCAAUGUUGCGUUGGCACAUUAUAUAAAUGGUCGAUCUGAUGAGACACAGAAAAUCACCAUCGAGUGGAACAACCCUAGUAAUAAUGAAAAAUCUAAUGUCGAAUUAAAAGUGAACAACGAAAAAAUUAUUGGAACAGCCAACGUUGCUCGUUACAUGGCAAGAGCUUAUCGAGAUCUAGAUUUAUAUGGUUCUGAUGCAAUAUCGGCUACUUUGAUAGACCAAUGGAUUGACUUUGCCUCGGUUAACUUGGAAUCUUCUGAUUUUAAAGUCAUCGAAACGGCGUGGGGAGAGAUUAAUCAUCAUCUCACUUUGAGAACCUUCUUUGUCGGUUAUAAACUUACUUUAGCCGACAUUAUUCUGUGGGGAGUUCUGAAAAGUAUGCGAGUUAUAUAUAGUGAUAAGGUCAAACUUCAAAUUCCUGUACUAAUAGAUUUUUCCUCCUUUUCUUUGAGCUUUGUUCAGGAAAGUCUUAAAUGGGUGUCGAAAUCAGCUGAUGCGUCAAAACCUCGUAAAGAACAACCAAAUAUGAACAUUGGUCUUACUGAUGCUGAGAUUGGAAAGGUUGUGACUAGAUUUCCUCCUGAGCCUAGCGGAUAUCUUCAUAUUGGUCAUGCUAAAGCGGCAAUGUUAAACGAAUAUUUUGCUAGAGAGUAUAAGGGAAAAUUGAUUGUCAGAUUUGACGAUACUAACCCUAGUAAAGAGAAGGAAGAGUUUGAAGAGUCGAUCAAGGAGGAUUUGGCCCUCCUAGGCAUACGGCCGGAUUUGGUGACUUAUACCUCGGAUCACUUUGAAGAACUCUACCAGUAUGCUGUUAAGAUUAUCAAAAAAGGGCUAGCAUACGUGGAUGAUACAGACGUUAACACGAAUCCCAACAAAGCUUUACGUGACCCUGUAAUUUAUAGAUGUAAUCUUCUGCCCCAUCACCGCACAGGGAAUAAGUGGAAGAUUUAUCCGACAUAUGAUUUUGCAUGUCCAAUUGUCGACUCUCUGGAGGGUGUAACUCACGCUUUGAGAACUAAUGAGUAUCGAGAUCGUAACGCCCAAUAUGAAUGGAUGCUUAAUGCAUUGGAUCUGAGAAAAGUUCACAUAUGGGAUUUCAGUCGGAUGAAUUUUGUAUACACCUUGCUGUCCAAACGAAAGUUGCAAUGGUUUGUAAAUCAAGGUCUUGUGAGUGGAUGGGAUGAUCCGAGGUUCCCUACCGUUCGUGGUAUUCGCAGGCGCGGUAUGACCAUUGAGGCUUUGAGGCAGUACAUUCUUACACAGGGUGCUUCCCAAAACACUGUAAUGCUUGAAUGGGAUAAAUUAUGGGCACUAAACAAGUCAGUUAUUGAUCCUGUGGCCCCAAGACAUACCUCCAUACUCCGAAAGAGCCUUGUAAGUUUUAAUAUACUUGGUGGUCCCGAAAGUCCUUAUUCCAAGGAUUUACCGAAACACAAGAAAAAUGCUGAUGUUGGAAUUAAAAAAACCUGGUUUUCUUCAUCAAUUUUAAUCGAUCAAGAUGACGCCAAAACAUUUGAAAUUGGUGAAGAGAUCACACUUAUGGACUGGGGAAAUGCCAUAGUCAAAGCUCUUUGUAAAUAUAAUUCUGGAUCGGAAUUUAUUAGGGGAGAAUUACAACUACAUUUAGAAGGUGAUUUUAAAAAAACGAAAAAGAAGAUAACCUGGUUGGCUGAUACUCCAGAAAUAACGAAGGUGGUACUGGUUGAUUAUGACUAUCUGAUUAAUAAACGUAGAUUGGAAGAGAACGAUCAGGUUGAGGAUUAUGUGACUGAAAAAUCGGAAUUUCUAACGGAUGCUCUCGCUGAUUCAAAUGUGAGGGAACUCAAAAAAGGUGAUAUAAUUCAAUUUGAACGUCGGGGUUAUUAUAUAUUGGAUAAUGACACGACAUUUGAAGUUCCGCGAUUUAUUCGUAUCCCUGAUGGAAAGGCUAUCAGCAUGGCAUCAAAAGCAGGGAAUGAAAAAGAAAACAAGAGUAAACAGAAAGAUACAAUAAAGAUGUACAAUAUUCCUGAUAUAUAUGGUGAUGUUCCGGUCCCGUCUCCAGAACAAGUUUCAAAAAUGUAUGGAUAG